UGCUGGCUCGCAGGACUUCCUACAAGUGUGUCUUUAUUUGAAAAGCGCCUCAAUUAUCUUAAAUUGAAUCAUUACGACCAGGUUCCGUGUCAUGGGAGAUAAGACAAGUCCUACGAGGCCAAAGCGCCAAGCAAAGGCCAGCGCUGACGACGGAUUUGGCCACUGGGACUGCAGCGUGUGCACGUUCAGGAACAGCGCGGAGGCGUUUAAAUGCGUCAUGUGUGAUGUGAGGAAGGGCACGUCCACAAGGAAACCACGGCCUGUCUCAACACUUGUUGCUCAAGUAAAUCAGCAGUUCGCGCCACCCACACAUCACAGAAAAGACAAGAGAGAGAGGCUUUACAAAGACAGAAGUGAAAAAGAGACAUCACUGAAAGGGAAGCACUUCAAAAAGACAAGACCCAGAUUAAAAAACAUUGACAGGAGCACUGCCCAACAUCUAGAGGUGACUGUCGGAGAGCUGACUGUAAUAAUCACAGACUUUAAGGAGAAAGCCAGACCAGGUGCUGCUUCAGUAGACCUGCUCAGCCACAGCAGCUCCAGCUCCGAAAAUACUGAGCAAGCUGCUUCUCGAUGCACCUCUCCACACAGAGACAGCUCCUCAGGAAACCGAGACACUCACUGACCCCCAGGCUGCAAUGGAUUCUACACCAGCUCAAUAUGCACUAACUGUUUCACUACUGAGUCAGUAGUGAGACUGCAUUAAAGUUUUAUUUCCAUUUCCUUCUCAGGAUGACAACAGUCAUGCAAACAUUACAAUUAGUACAACUUUAAGAAUAAUGUGCCUGUUUAAGUCAUGUUAAAAAACACAGCUGUUAAGCAAAUAGAGCAUUAAGUAAUUAAAACAAGUUUGGUAGAAAUGUGUGUAUUUUUGCACUUGAAUGUAUGUUAUGUCCUUUUAUAUUAGCAUAAGUUAUAUUUUGUAUUUUUAUUACUACUGCAUUUUUAUUACUGUAGCCUAUUUAUUUUUUUCCAAAGAACCACAAAUUGUAAUCUGCUUUUGUAGAAUUGAAUUAAAUGAUGGUUUAAAAAAGCUUUACGUUGU